AUGGAUGUAAGUUCGCUGGUACCCGCGGGUUUGCAAGCGGGCCAAGUGGAUAUGUGCGAGGUCCAGGCUGGUUAUAAUAAAUUUUCGGAAAACUUGCGGAAAUUCACGCCGCAGGCCAUACAGUGCGCGAUCUUUUGCGGUGGAUCCAGAUGCAAAUAUGAGAACUCGAAAGCCUGGCCGCCUGUGCACAUGGCGAUACAGAACAUCUUCUCGCACUGGGUGACAGACGACGUUCUCGCGAUGGCACGACCGAACACCGCACAGAUAAUAAAAAAAGACAUAAUUGCACAGUUUCAAGGGUGGAGUAUAAAAACCAUAAUAAACCUGCAAACGCCGGGCGAGCAUGCGAGCUGCGGUGGCCCCCUCGAAGACAGCGGCUUCACCUACGACCCCAAUGUCUUCAUGAAACAUGGCAUUUACUACUACAAUUUCGCGUUGAAGGACUACGGGGACGCGACCAUGGGCAAACUUCUGGAUAUGGUCAAGGUCGUGGCCUUUGCCGUGCAGGAGGGAAGAGUGGCGAUUCACUGUCACGCCGGGCUGGGCAGAACCGGGGUUCUGAUCGCGUGCUACCUUAUUUACGGUCUUCGUGUGCGAGCAAACGACGCCAUAAGGUUCGUUCGCAUGAAACGACCGUCCGCGAUACAGACGCGGGGACAGAUACUCUGUAUCCAGGAAUUCGAGCACUUCGUGCUCCCGCAGAUGAUAGUUUUCCCCCUGAACAGCACGAUAGGGGAGCGCAAGCCCUGCAGCCUGCAGUCGCAUUUGAAGAAGCAGCGCAACGUCCUGCACGGAUACGAGCAACGCACGUUCAAAUACAUCCCAAAGCUGUGCGACUGCCAGGAAGACAAUUCCCCGUGCGAGAUCGAGUACAAGAUUUCCAGCACGGCCUUCACGCAGAAAUUUAUAUCCCACGUCCUGGACAAGCUGAGGGAUGGCAAAGGGAACAUCAGACACUCCUACUCGUGGGCCGAGUCUCUGGCCGAUUCUUACGACUGUUCCAGUAAGGAGACUAAACUCUCACUGAGAUUAAUGGUAAACGAGGAGUUGCUAAUUCUGCCCGAUUAUUCAGAUUCCACGAAAGCAUGCGCGAGCGGCAGCCAAGCAUCUUCCAGAGGCACUUUGGACGAUAUUGGGAGGUUAAGCGACGUGUUCUGCACCUCCCCGGACACUCCAUCUUGCGAUUCAGCCUUCCCAGUGUUAGACGACAACUGCGUGGACGACGUUCUCGGAGACGGGAUUCACGGGCAGGAUCUCGUGGACAACGAUUGCUACAAGGAAAUCCAGUCCCACAUGGAUUUAAAGGCUGCUGCGCAGAGCACGGCCGUCGAAACCGUGAAUACCGAGGAGAUAAUCAGAGCUCUGGUCAGAGACAGUGCUCUGCUGUCCGACAGGACGAAGAAGUGUGUCCAGGACUACCAGGUCGAAAUUUUAUUCUCGAAUCAACGUAGAGUAUCGGAGAUUGAAUUACCGAUCGAUUUUCAGAUGGAUCUCAACCAUAGAUCCACGGCAUGGCAGAGGCUUAAAAUGGAAACCGACUUGGAUAUCCUGUCAGGGCUACUGUUCGAGUGGCUAGAGACGCUGAAGUACCCAUUGCUGGACGUGGACAGUCUGAGUUACAUCGUCGCCUGGAGCUCCAAGCCUCAGAGGUGCUUGGAAAAGCUGCCUAGCUGCAGCAGAUACCUUUUGGAGUACCUACUGAGAUUCAUCAGUCGGCUGAGACCCAUGACGCCCGAAAGUCAGAGCUUGAUAACGAAGAGAUUCAUGGCCACGCUCACGCAGCAGAGUAUCUGGAUCAAGAGCGCGUUUUACCCUUCCAAUAGAAAUUUCCAAAAGCUACGACGAGGAACAGCGGCGAAACUGAACGAAUUUUUCGUUAGGCUGAUGAACCUGAUCGAGGAGGUGAACACGCAGGAAACGGAGAAACCGGCAUGGUCUUCGAAGUGGGACCUGGUACCGGACGAACUGAAAGAAACAGAGACGAUUAAUGAAGAAUGUAGUUAG